AUGGCUCCUCGACAAUCCACCAAGGGCAAAGGCAAGAGCCCUACCAGAAAGUCAUCAGCGACCUAUCCGCCAAAAAUGAUCACCCAACUCCACAGCUCAGAGAUCAAUCUCGAUCUCGAGGCCAUAAAGCUGGGACAUACACCAGCGGACCAGGGAGGAAGGAUCGAAAAGCCCACAAAUGACAGGAUAGCCUCGACAAUGGAAAAUAUUGCGUUACGGAAACGCGCAGUCAUAGGGGAGCUCGCUGAGGAGAGAAGAGGAUUGGGAGAGGAAAGCAAGAGCACGCCGUCGAUGCCAUGCUCUUCAACUUCAGAGGUUACCUCCAAGUACAAGGACAUCUCGCGACUCCUGGCAUCCUUUCCAGAGUCAAAUAUAAGGCCGGCGGUCGAUACGGCUUUAACAUCAUCCGCCAACACGAGCCAAGUCAACCCACAAAAAGUUGAAGAUCUUUUUCCGGAACGUACGGAAGCUGUCCGCAAAGCUGAAGUCUCCGCCCUCAUGCGGGCGAUUGAGUUCAAGGGAAAUCCGGUCAAAGCAUCCCCAUUUCUUGAGGCCGUUGGACGCGGAGGAGGGGACGCACUCAGGACGCUUCCUUAUCCUCUGAACAACAGAAGAUUCCUGAGACACUAUGUCGCGCCGUUAUUUGAGCUAGAGAUAGGCUGUCUGCAUUGCGAGGAAGGGUUUCUGACGCAAAGUCCCGCCGUGGAGCAACUCGAGAAAAGGCUCCUCGAUCGAUUAGACAGUUGUGAGCAGAUUGCGAUCAAGGUGAUCGCCGUGAUCGACGCCAUGGAUAAGCAAUGGGAGGCAUUGCUGGCCGCCAAGGACUCGGACAGUACGGGUUUCUUUCGUUGCAGGAAGGCCUACAGCCGAUUAGAGAAAAGGGUGCAGACUGAGGCCCCGAAGCAUAGGAAGUGCCCGUACUGGGCAUAUACUCAGCAAUUGGCACUGUUACGCGCGGAGAAGCGGGUCGAGGAACAGUUGUGGGAGAAACCGAUGCUGGCAGAAAACCUCCCUGAGCCAGUUACAACGACAUAUCACCACCCCCGGCUUUUGGCCGAAGUCCUCUGA